CCCCAGACAUUUGACGGUUUCGACGUCAAACGUCAAAUUCGAACAAUUCGAAUUCCUCAGUUCAGUACUUUAAGCGGCAAAUUAUGGCGGAAAACAUCAAACAUCAGAAAUUCAUGUAGAACUUUCAUUUAUUACACCAUCAACAAGAUGGAGGCGGAAAAUUCGGCUCAGUUCGCUGCGUUAGCCUCAAGUCUCUUCAAUAUCACCACUUUAUUGAAAUGUCCUAUCUGUUCAGAAAUUUUGAAAAAUCCUAUUGAACUAUGCUGCAAUCACUUGUUUUGUUCGUCGUGCAUCGAACGUUACUUAAAUGGAAAUAGUUAUAACUGUCCAGUGUGCUUCACCAGAACAAUGAAGAGUCGGGCUCAACCAGCACUUGAAACUGAAGGUGCUUUCAAAUUUGUACAAAGUUUAUGCAAGAAGCUGAAAGAGAUUCCGGUAUUACCUUCAUCUUCUACCCCUACUAGUAAGAUUCCUACAAAGAAAGUUCCAGAAAGUAAAGGGAAAACUAUUCCUGCAAAACCUGUGAAAAAUAAAUGUUUAUCUCCAAAAACUACUAAGAAAUUGACACCUAAAUCACCUAAGAAGAGUGAAGACAAGCCUCAAGUUGCAACAAAACAAACUGAAACCAAUCAACCAAAAUUAGUGGUGAAAAUAGCCAGACAUGAACAAAUUGUAGAGCCUUAUGAGGAGAAUGUCCUCAAGUGGCUGAGUAACAGUCAGAAUAUGUUUCAGCGAAAGACACAAACCCAACAGAAAGUUGAAAAGGAUGCGAAACAUGACAAGAUACCGAAACAUUUGAAAUCAGUUUCACAACGUGCUGUUCAACGUAGAACUCUGCCGGCUAGGGAAGCGGUGAAUCAAAAUUAUCAACGAAACUGUCGGUCUCUAGAGUCUUUAUCUGACAAAGAAACAAAUUCCGGUAAAUUGGCUGAACAUGCAUUGGAUAGUCCUGUUGAUGUAAAUGAAAUGGAAGAAUCAAAAAUAGAAGAUAUUGAUAGUCUUCCCAUGGUUACCAAAGCUGAAAUAUGUAGAGAGAUUGAAGAACAAUGUUUGGAAGCAAUCAAUCAAAACGUAACCCGAAAGUCAGCCGGUAAAAAACGAAAAAAGCCGGAAGAAAAAAGUCCUAUUGAGGCUGCGGACAAGUCGAGAAGAUCUGAUUGGACGAGAAUUAAUAAACUAGCGAGUAAAAUCGACCGUGUUGAUGGAAUUCCGAAAAAGUUGAAAAUUUCCAGCGCGCAAAUUGAGAAAGAAAAUCAUGACACACAAUUCAGUACCACCACGGCAUCACAAUAUGGAAGAAUGGCGAAUGAAGCUGAAGCCGGCGGCAGUGGUAUGAAGUCUAAUGCUAAAAAACUAAAAAUGGAAAAGUUUCAAAAGGAGAUGGAGGUUUGUAAGAGGCCCAAGGUAGCGACAUCUAUCGCAGGUGAAUCAGUUGAUACAAACUCAACGAUUAUUAUCGAUUUUAAUCCGAAUUACAAGGUGGGAAUUUUGAAUACGGCGAACACCGACGAGAAAGGUUCACCAGUUAAAAAUGUCGAAAUAGAAGCGGAUGAUGAAGAUGACAUUUUUAUGCUGGCAACUCAACCAAUAAUUCACAAUACCAAUGAUAUUAUACCUCAAACACCUUCACCACUGUCUGCUCAUAGUGUUUUUAAUAAAUGCGAUGAGUUCCUACGGCAAUACAACGAUUUGAAGGCAAGUUUCUCAACUUUUUUGACCAAUGAAACGGAUAACAUGAAUUACCAUAAAGUAUCUUUGAUACAGCAAUUAUUACAAAGCUUUGAACCGAAAUGUUCCAAAAUAAGUGCCAUUUUAACUUGUAAAGAUGAAAGUUUAGAGCGUUUCCUCGAAACACUGCCCAAUCAAAGCACACAAACUGAUGAUACCACUGUUAAAACUUACAGUGCACACGUACAAACAUUGCAAACUUUGUCAGCUUCAAAAAUGGUACAGACUUCACCUCCAGCACGUACAAUUCCAAGAAAAUAUGUUGAAUAUGGUGUUCAAACUUCGCCGCCUAAAAGUGGUAACAAUUCGUCUGUCAGAACAAUACCGCCGAUUGCAGAAGACAGUGAGAUGAAAAAUACGUUGGAUUGUCUUGAUUUUGACACGCAGGCUGCUAUUAAACAGGCAGAAAUUAAUAAAGGUGAGACUUUUACGAAUAUGUACACGGAACAAAUGCCGCUUACUGCGUUUAUAAACGGAAUACAAAUGCGUUCACCGGGAAUAUCUGCUGUAAACAGUGAGUUAGGAACUGAGAAUGAACCUCCACAAAGCAAUGUGCGGGAAGUAGAUAAAACUCAAAAUAUUGACAAAAAAUCUCGAAGAAAGCUAUAUUCAAGUCCUGGCGGCGGGACAUCAAGCUCUCUUUCAGACCACAUUGGUAUUACGAAUAAGCGCGUGAAACCCUUGACUAUUAGUGAUUCGGAAGACGAAGAACCACUGCCAGUUGUUAAUCAGUAUAUAAGAGAAGAUAUUUCAGUUUGCUUUGAUUCGGAAAGUCAGAAAGCUGCUGAACAUGAUGAGAUGAAUUCGCCUAACGUUGAUAAAUAUUUGGACGAUGUUUGGAAUCGACUCCAAGAUCAACUUGAAAGCAGUAAGAAGAACGAUAAUUGCCAGCCGAAAGCAAUCCAAACUGCCAUUAAAACAAAUACUCAGGAUUUAAUCGCGAAAUGUGAACAAAUGAUAUCCAACCCAGUGAAUCGUCAUGUAUCCUCACUUCCUCGCGUAAAACAAAAGGCUACUUCACAGAAAGCAAUACCUAGUUCAGCUGAUUUGCUCACUGACAGUAUUUUCCAAGAUAAUGAUGACGAGUUAUUUGAAAAUUACGCUACACCUUCGCCAUGCACAUCUUCUAGGGACAAGCCAAAGUCGACCCUACAUAACCUACACUCGGAGCUAAUCUAUAAUGACUCCAACAGUAGUAUUUCCACGAAUAUACUUGAUGAGAAUCCAAUGCAGGUGACUGCAAUUCGGGUUUUACAGGAUGUGCAGAUUCGGCCUAACAAAAUUGCUGAAAAAUCUGUGGUGCAUGUGGAAAGCGAUGAAGAAUUGAUAUUCAGUACACCGGAGACUACUCCGACGAAGUUUAGAAAGCCGGAAGUUCCGUGUGAAGAAGUUGUAUUAGCUCCGCCGCCUGAUUUUCAAGAUGAUGCAGCGGAUUUUGUGCGUUCUAUUACUUCGCAACAUCCUAUAUGGAAUACGACUCAAAAUACUUUGAAUCUGUCACCGAUUCGAGCGUCUGGUUCUCUUCAAUCGAAAAUAACUCCGAAGAGGUCGACACUGAGUGGACACACGAAGAGGGUAACUAGCACGCCACAUUCUAAGCUUACUCCGGUUACACCUACCAUCAAAUCCAAUACCAAUCAACUUCCUAUUACUAAAUUUUUACGUAAAGGAGCGGUGGAUAAAGUGCCGUCAAUGGUUGAAGAAGAUUUCUUCAUUCCCAGCAUGAACAAGAAAUCGAUUGCGGUAGUUGCAUGUACACGUUUGAAUAAGACCCAGAUGAUUGCAAUCAACGCGCUUGCAAAACGUGGACUUGCCAGGUAUUCGAGUGCGUUUGAUUCCAGUGUCACGCACAUGGUUGUUGCUACCAAUGAUGCCAACCAGGCACGCGAUCAUACUAUUAAAUAUGUUAGGGCUGUAGCGGCCGGCAUCUGGGUAGUGAACAGUAACUGGGUGCAGGACUCUUUAAUUCACAACAAAUUAGUGCCUGAGGAAUUUUAUGAGGUUUACGACGUGACGGGACAAGAUGGACCGAAACAAUCUAGAUUAUUUCGGGCAACUAGGCCAUUAUUCGAAGGAUUUAAGAUGUUUGUGGCACCACCUUUCGAACUUAUAACUUCUAUUGAAGUUGAGGAAAUCGUUAAGAGUUUAGGAGGUGUGACUGUUCCAACCGCCGAGAGUUUGCUUCCGAAAGAGGAUUACACUUGCCUUAUUAUUGCAGAGACCGCGCAAACGCAAGACGAUGAACAAUAUUACAAAUAUCAAGAUUGGACAGAUAAACUACACGUCGCGACGGUUGAUUUUGAAUGGUUGACGCGUUCGAUUGGCGCCUACAAGUUGAACAGCUUGCGACGAUUUGCGCUCUGCACUGAUGAAUCUCUCUGUGAGCUUGGUUAUCCAGAACAUUUGCUUGAAAAAGUGGCUUGUUCUUUCACACAACCAUGAUUGGAACUGUUAAAUUAUUUGAGUUUUUUUGUUACAUGUUACAAGAUUAUUUUUUUACGUACGAGCACAAGUUUAAUAGAAAUGAAUUUUCUACUUGAAAUAAAACUUUACGAUAUGCAAA